CAAUAGAAGGAAAAAGGAAAAACAGUGUAAUGACAUCAUGAGAAAGCUUAUCCCUCCCAUACGUGGCAUUACCCUUAAGAGAGCAUUGCAACACCAUCGACAACAAAGGAAAUUAUAGUCUCACUUCAUUUGAGCAUGGAGAUUCUUCCUUACAACUACUUCUUUCUACUUCUCCCUUUACUUGUCCUUCCUCUAUAUUUUCUCAAAACCAGAAAAUUUGAUGAUGAUCAAAACAAACCCAACCUCCCACCUGGUCCUCCUAAACUUCCAAUCGUCGGUAAUUUACAUCAACUUGGAAAACCACCUCAUCAAGCACUCUCAAAACUAUCCAAAAUAUAUGGUUCGGUCAUGCUUCUACAAUUUGGCAGUGUCCCAACCCUCGUAAUCUCCUCGGCUGAAGCUGCCAAACAAGUCUUGAAAACACUUGAUCUUGAGUUUUGUACAAAACCUCCGCUUACCGGAACAAAACGUCUUUCGUAUAAUUUCUUAGACAUCGGAUUUGGACCCUACGGAGAAUAUUGGAAAGAAGUUCGUAAAAUAUGCGUGCUUGAACUUUUGAGCGUAAAAAGGGUUCAAUCUUUUAAGGCAGACAGGGCAGAGGAGAUUGAUGUUUUGAUUGAUUCCCUGACAGUUUCUUCUAACACUUGUCGAUCUGUUGAUGUUUUUGAAGCGUUGACAAGUUUUACGCAUAAAACAAUUUGUAGAGUCGCUUUUGGUAGCGCAACUGGUCAAAGCAGGAACCUGUUUAAUGGAAGGCUUACGAAAAUCCUUUUUGAGGCCAUGUCUGUAUUGAGCGGUUUCUAUGCCAGCGACUUCUUUCCUAAGGUGGGAUGGAUUGUUGAUAGGGUCACUGGAAUCCAUGGUAGAACUGAGAAAGUCUUUCAUGAUUUGGAUGAAUUAUUUCAACAAAUGAUACAGGAACAUCUCAACCCGGCGAGACCGAAACCGGAGCAUGAAGAUCUCAUAGAUGUUUUGCGUAAACUAGAAAACGAUCAAACUAGCAGUACGGUUCGUCUUGCAAAUGACAACAUCAAAGCAAUUCUCAUGAAUAUAUUUCUUGCUGGAGUAGACUCAUCAGCUGUUGCAGCGAAUUGGGCAAUGGCAGAGCUGGCUAAAAACCCAGAAGCAAUGAAGAAAGUUCAAGAAGAGAUUAGAAGCCAUGUGGGAUCAAAAGGAAAGGUAGAAGAAUCAGACCUUGAUAAUUUAUUUUACUUAAAAAUGGUAGUUAAAGAGACUUUCAGGCUACACCCAGGAAAUGCCUUGUUAGUUAGGGAAUGCAUGAAACACAGUAGGAUCGAUGGAUUCGACGUAUACCCAAAAACAACGGUUCUAAUAAAUGUAUGGGCAACCGGGAGAGAUCCAAAGUACUGGCAGAAUCCGGAAAUAUUCUUGCCAGAGAGGUUCAAAGAUAGCUCCAUUGAUUUCUCCGGGAGUCAAAAUUUUGAGUACUUACCCUUUGGGGGAGGUCGACGGGGUUGCCCUGGAAUGAGUAUGGCAACUGUGUUGAUAGAGCUCGUCCUUGCCAAUCUAUUGUAUGCUUUCGACUGGAAAUUACCAAAAGGAUUAAACAAGGGAGACCUGAACAUGGAGGAAUCCCAGGGGCUGACUAUUCAUAAGAAAUAUCCACUCGACCUUGUACCUAUCAAGUAUGCAUAUGGUUCGGAUGAACUUAAUUAAGAGAAAACUACAUUUUGUGCAUAUAUACAUAUAGUAAUUAUAUGGGUGGUUGUGUGAUACUGAUACCUAUCUGUAUGAUUUUAUAAUUUAUGCUUGGUUAGGAUUUGGGUACUCCAAUUUUUAUAACAUGUGACAGUGAGUAUAAGCUAAUUAA